AUGACUUGUGCAGGGUGUGAAAUGGGCUUACAUAGAGCCCUUGCAAGCCUCCCAGAGGUUCGUCAUCUGCAGAUCAGCCUGAUUCUUGCUCGAGCAGCAUUCGAUCUUGAUACGAAUCGGAUGUCGGUGGACCAAGUCGUCGCAUACAUUGGGAGGGUCACCAAAUUCCGAUGCGAGAAGAUUACCAGCAGAGGCCAGAAAAUCGAAGUCAUCCAACCAAAAGGGUCCAAGUCGCUGACACAGCAAGCCAGGCCGAUUGGCAUUCUAGAGGUGAAGAGCAUGAAGGACGACAUUGUGCAGAUCGAGUACGACCCGGCUGUUCUCGGGGCUAGAACUCUGGUGGACACAGCCUUCGAUGUCCCUCUGCAACUCGCUCCCGUAAAGCCCGAGCAAUCCAAGGAAACAGGCAGCAAGCAGGUCCGCGAAGAUGGAUGGAUCACCUUAAUAUCCGCCCUGCUCACGAUCCCCGUGCUUGUCCUGGCAUGGGCACCAUUGCCAGACCAUCCAGUCAUUUACGGCUCCGUGUCUUUGGCCUUGGCGACAAUAAUCCAAGUCGGUAUUGCUGGGCGCUUCUACCCUCUCGCCUUCAAGAGCCUGGUCUUCUCCCGACUCGUUGAAGUGGAUUUGCUGAUAGUCCUCAGUACGAGCGCAGCCUACCUCUUUUCUGUUAUAGCAUUCGCCUAUCAAAUGAAAGGAGAACCUUUGAGCACGGGAGACUUUUUCGAGACGAGUACCUUGAUUGUUACCCUUAUCAUGCUUGGACGAUUUAUCAGUUCAUGGGCUCGCCAACGGGCUGCAGAGUCAAUUUCCUUGCGCACCUUGCAGGCGCCAACAGCUCUUCUGGUGGACAAUGAGUCACUCCUCGAAAGGGAGAUUGACGCUCGUCUGCUUCAAUAUGGCGAUGUGUUCAAGGUUAGUCCCGAAUCACGUAUUGUCACUGAUGGUACUGUGAUCCGAGGUAUUUCCGAGGUCGAUGAGUCUAUGGUGACUGGUGAAUCACGACCUGUGACCCGAAAACCAGGUUCUAGUGUCGUUGCCGGGUCGAUGAACGGUUCAGGCCUGCUGCAUAUCCGCCUCACCCGUCUGCCUGGUGACAACACGAUAAGCGCCAUUGCAGACAUGGUGGAUGAAGCGAAAAUGAGCAGGCCCAAAUCACAAGAGAUAGCCGACCGUGUCGCCGGGUACUUCGUCCCAGUGAUUGUGUGCAUCACCAUUAUCACCUUUUUGGGCUGGAUGGGUUAUGGAAUUGCAAGACGAGGCUAUUCUGCCUCCGAGGCAGCCGAACGUGCGAUCACCUACGCUAUCGCGGUGCUUAUAGUCUCUUGUCCUUGCGCCAUCGGGCUCUGUGUACCCAUGGUUAUUGUGAUCGCCGGUGGAGUGGCUGCAAAAUACGGGAUAAUAUUCAAGACAGGCCAGACCAUCGAGACGGCGAGAAAGACAAGUCAUGUCGUCUUUGAUAAGACCGGCACUCUCACACAAGGAGUGCUCACUGUGGUGGCUGAAGACUUCCCCUCAGGGGAAGAGAGAUUGAUCAAGCCGAUGAUCUUGGGACUGGUUGCAGAUGUCAAGCAUCCCGUCUCUGCUGCAGUGGCUCGAUACAUGCAGGGUCAGGGUGUCCUUCUGGCACCAGUGGGAGAGGUGAGGACCAUGGUUGGCAAAGGAGUUCAAGGCGUUUUUGAAGGCAGCAAGGUAGCAGCAGGGAACUGCCGCUGGCUUGGAUUGGAAGAUGACCCUACUGUUCAAGACUUUGCAUCAAGGGGACUUACGGUGCUCUGCGUUGUCCUCGAUACUCAAGUUCGUGCUGUGUUUGGGUUGGAAGACUCCAUCCGACCUGACAGUGGAAGGGUCGUCGAGGAGCUCCAACGACGCAACAUUUCAGUCUCGGUUGUCAGUGGUGACGAUGAUGGAGCUGUUCAGAGAGUGGCGUCCACGUUGAACAUCCCGCAAUCCCACGUCAGGUCGCGAUGUGCUCCACGGGACAAGGUGGAAUACCUCCGCGAUAUGAUGAAAGACAGGCAAGCCGUGGUCGUGUUUUGCGGCGACGGCACCAAUGAUGCACCGGCACUGGCUCAAGCUAACAUAGGCAUACAUGUCAAUGAGGGCAGCGAAAUCGCGCAAAGUGCAGCAGAUGCAGUUCUCAUGAGGCCUUCUCUGGCCGGAAUUUUGAGCCUGAUUGAUCUCUCCAGGGCGGCCAUGAGGAGGAUCAUCCUCAAUUUCUGCUGGUCCUUCACCUACAACUUGUUCGCCGUUCUUCUUGCGGCGGGCCUGUUCGUCAAAUGGAGGCUCCCACCUCAAUAUGCUGCGCUGGGAGAGGUGAUCAGCGUCCUACCUGUGAUUGGAAUUGCCCUUCUGUUGAGAUACAUCAAGCUGCAGAGUGUGGAGUGA